AUGAACGAUUCAUAUCCAUGGUCGUGUUCGUUUUUUUCUACAUAUUCUUCGUUCCACCAUCUACUGAAUUUAUAACUGGAUUACUGAUGGAUACGCAUACCUAGCUUUAUUUUUCGCGAUUCAUCAUUUUUGCGAUACUUUCACUUCGUGAUGUUGUGUUGAUAAUGGCGCUGUUCAGAAUAGUAGUUGCGUUAACAAUCGCUUUCUGUAAUUUUGUGCAUUCAAUACCGGUUGGUGGCAAUAAAGGUCAACUCCUUAGAUCUAGGAAUAAUCUAAGAACCAAUGAAAAUUAUUUCACAAUACAGACAUCUGCUGGAGUUGAAGAACACGAAAAUGGAUAUCUCAGAGGCUCUGAUGAUCAGCUUGAUGUUAGUGGAAACUACUCAGUCAGCUUCAAGGACGGAACUGUUCUCUCGGUCAACUAUACUGCUGGAGUAGGGGGUUUCUUAGCAAGAUUUCAUCUCGAUAAACCACUUCCGACAGUCAUUUUGAAGAAUAGAAUUCCAACUGCUGCAAUUGCAUCUCUAGCUGGAGGAGGAAUUGGAUAGUUGCCUGCAACAUAUUUUUGGGUAGAAUGCAGCGAAUGUAUAUCGUUCAAUACAAAUUGGACUGGAAUGGAAAAACUCUUGAACUCAUCUGGAAGCCAAUUGUAUAGCCUGGUCAAGUAAAAUUGGAAUGAUCCUUCAUAAAAAGUAGACUUAUGCAUAGGCGGUGUGAUGCGGGAUUUAUUUCUUAUAUUUAGGUUAUGUACAUCAGUUCUAAAUCCAAUUUUAUUGUACAGGUAUUGGGGAGAUUUUGAAAUAACUAUUUUAUGAAAAAAAGUGCAAGCAUGUACUAAGCGCCUCUCAUCCAUGUUCAACCAUCCUAGACUUCUCAAAAAUUGUGAGGUAGGUGUUCCCUUCUUAAGGCCACAUAUCAGUCGAACACAACAAUUCUGAACAUGUUGAAUUCUGAGGCGGUCUGACUUCAGAAGAUUUGGUCCAUACACUAAUCACCGUAAUUGAGAUGCGACACAUAAAAGAUAUAAUGAUAUUGAGUAGAUGAAUUCGAAAGGAAUGUAUGUAUCAAUGAUUGAAUAUAGAAUUAAGUUCACUAUUUUUGUUAUCUGUUUUAUCUUUUGUAAUGAAAUAAGUUCAAAACGCCCUUAGCUCUUUAAAUUUGUGAACAAUGAGAUUCCUGAGGGGUGAAUUCUUUGGACUAUCCUCCUGUAGGUCAUUUUUGUGCUAUCAGGAUGGGAUAUUAAUUGUGUUAAGUGAAAUGGGCGCCAGCUUAUUUUAUUUAUGAAUAAU